AUGGCAUCUUUGACUCAACCUCCAGUCCUAAUCCCUACAGAAUGUAAUAUCCCGACUUACCAUCAGGCCCCGGAGACUACUUUUGACCUGGAUUGGGCGGACCUUGCCACUUUGGACCUGGCUCUGUUUGACCAACCUGGAGGUAAAGAGCAGUUAGCCAAGCAGCUUUUCGAAGCUAUCCAGAAGAUAGGCUUCUUCUACAUUACCAACUUCGGCCUCUCACAGGAAGAGGUCGACCGUCAAUUCUCUAUUGGCGAGGCGAUCUUCAAACUUCCAAUCGAGGAAAAGCUCAAAUUUCGUGCGGAGCUUGAGAAAGGUGCUUACAAUGGCUACAAGCCAAUAGGUCUCCAGGAAAUCAUUCCGGGUGUUCGUGACAAGACCGAGAUUUAUAACAUCCCCAAAUUUAUCCCAGCCCUCAAGCUUCCCCAGCCUGAUAUUGUAAACCACAAUCGUCCCGUCAUCGAGAGCUUUGCACGCCAUAUCCAUGACAAAAUUGUGGGCAAACUUCUCACACUCUUCGCCAUUAUCCUUGAGCUACCAGAGGACUGUUUUCUUAAGGUGCAUCGCUACGACGAGAAAAGCGACUGUCACUUACGAUACAUGAAGUAUCACAGGCGUACCGACGAAGAAAACGAGAAGGCGAAAGGGAUUUGGAUCAAAGGUCAUACUGACUUUGGGAGCUUAACGUUGCUAUUCCGCCAACCCAUUGCCGCGCUGCAAGUUCGCACCCCGGACGGCGAGUGGAAGUGGGUCAAGCCGUAUCCGGAGAGCAUCACAGUGAAUCUCGCAGACUCGCUCGAUUUCCUCACCAACGGCUUCCUCAAGAGCAGCAUACACCGUGUCGUUGUGCCGCCGCCGGAUCAGAGGAACGUAGAUCGUCUGGGUGUUCUGUACUUUGUUCGACCAGAGGAUAGCCUCGAGCUGCGACCGGUUGUGAGCGAAGUAUUGCGUCGUCUGGGGUACAAUCAGACAUCUGAGAACAGUGCAGUUGGUAUCACUGCUGGUGAGUGGGUGAAAGCGAGGGUGAGUAAGGGAAUUGGCAGAGAUUUUGCUCGGGGUGAAGUCGGCGAUCAACCGAUCAUCGGGGGCGUGGUGACUAAAUAUUAUGAUUAG